CGGAAGAGAUUGCCAUCAGUUGGCCGCGGAUCACCGCCUUCGCCGAAUCCCACCGGAGACGAGGGUUGGUGUCGGGUGUGGAAGCAGAAGGAGAACAAGGUCAACCAGAACCCACCCAGAUCCAACCUUCAGUGGGGGCCGGUUCCAGCGAUGGGGGGGUGAACCCCGAUUUACGUCGACAGUUGGGUUUGAUCCUUCAAACAGCCGGGAGGACCCAAGUGGAGAAGAUGCUGAGGGAACUGGUGAGGGAACAGGGACAAGGUGGGAAACGUCGGAAUCGCAAGAAAACACCUAAAGAUGGAGGUGGCGGUGCCGGGAGCGGGACAGAAGAAGACUCAACACCACGAGAUGAUGAGGAGAUGACACCAGAAGAUGUUGAUCAACAUCAAACCGAAGAGAAGACAAGUGAAUCCCUCAUCACCACUAAAGGCAACGGAGGGAAGAAGGUCAAUGUGACAUCACCAGCAUCUCGAGGUGGUUGCACCGAAUGCGGGAUGGACAAUCGAUCUCAAAACUUCCUAAGAUCUCGCCGUUGUACCCAAUGCGGGAGGAGAUGUCGACCAUCCACCCGCCAACCAGAACGUGGUGGAGAAAAACUCCACCGCUGUGGUGAUUGCGGGAAAGGUUUCAGUCGUGGUUCCAACCUCGCCCAACAUCGAAGGAUCCACACGGGUGAACGUCCUCAUCGUUGUGGUGAUUGUGGGAAAGGUUUCAUCCAACGUUCAGAUCUGGAGAGACAUCGACGUGUCCACACCGGUGAACGGCCGUAUCCAUGCGGUGAUUGCGGGAAACGAUUCAGCGUGAGUUCUCAUCUCGAUAGACAUCGGCGUACUCAUACCGGUUCAUCAUCAUCAUCAUCAUCAUCUACUUCUCAUCGUUGUCCUGAAUGUGGGAAGAGUUUCACUCAACGUUCAGCUUUGGUUAAACAUCGGAAGACGCACAGCGGUGAAAGACCUCAUCGUUGUGGUGAUUGUGGGAAGAGCUUCAGUCGUGGUUCCAACCUCACCCAACAUCGAAGGAUCCAUACUGGUGAAAGACCAUUUGCUUGUGGUGAUUGUGGGAAAGGUUUCAUCCAACGUUCUGAUCUAGAAAGACAUCAACGUGUCCACACCGGUGAACGACCUUAUACCUGUGCUGAAUGUGGUAAGAGCUUCAGUGUCAGUUCCCACCUUGAUCGACAUCAGAAGAUCCACGUGGCCGAACGGGCGUCCUAUCGUUGUCCUGAACAUCUAGCUGGCUUCUUGGCCGCUCACCGUCAUGGUCGCCUCUUCCAAUGCUCUCAAUGUGGUCGAUGUUUUGGUCAAGGAGCUGCGUUGCUUAAACAUCAACGUUCUCACGGUGUUGGAGGAACCGUUGGUCAACCACCUAAAUGUCCAGAUUGUGGUAAGAACCGUGGUGAGAAACCAUAUAAAUGUGGAGAAUGUGGGAAAGGUUUUGGUCAACGUUCAGCGUUGGUGAAACAUCGAAGGAUUCACACGGGUGAGAAACCAUACGCGUGUGGAGAUUGUGGCAAAGGUUUCAUCCAGAAGUCAGAUCUGACCAUCCAUCGACGGAUGCACACGGGGGAGAAACCGUAUCGUUGCGGUGAAUGCGGGAAAUGUUUCAGCGUCUCCUCCAACCUCAUCACUCAUCAACGUACCCACCUUGGUGAGAAACCAUAUCAAUGUCCUGAAUGUGGCAAGAGUUUCAUCCAAC